AGGAGAAAAUGUUAAAAGAGUUGAGUUUGAGCUUGUUUGACGGCCGCGUCAUUGAAGAAAGAAACAGAAGUUUUUUCAUUUGGUAAACGCAACGCAAGCUCCUCCCUUUCCUGCCUCGCAGAAGACUCAGAACAAGAACACGAGGAGAUAAUCAUUCCUGUCUUUUCUUCCUUCUUAUCUCUCAGAGCUGACCCGGGGAUUGGCAAACAGUCGCUGCGUCCAAGUCAUCAUCACAAUUUCAUGUAUCCAGACAACAACCCCAGCACCAGAACCAGCCUUGUAUUUGAUUAGAUUUGGUUGGUUGGUUGGACAAGAAUUUCAGCCCCAAUCACUCCCUUUUCUUUGAUUUGAUUUGAUUUUACUACAUAUACAUAUAUGCGCGCGGUAUCUGUAUCUAUCAAGAAACGCUAAUAUUAGGAAGAGGAGGGGGAGGAGGAGGAGGAGGACCAUAUCAUAUCAUCUGUUUUGAGAUAGAUAGAUUGAAAGGCAGAGGCACAGACAAGUAUAAGUACGAUGAGUAGAGAAUCAGUUGCCGCAGCAGGUGCUUCUCAGUCUCACACCUCCACCUCCGUCUUUAACAAGUUAAAGUGUGGUGCCUGUCUCAGUUCUUCAUCUUCUUCAGACUGUUCUGGUAAAGGCAAAAGUAAAUCUUCCACUAAGAAAUUGUCCCAUGGCUUCCACUUGGUCGAGGGCAAGUCUGGUCAUGACAUGGAGGACUACCACGUCGCUGAAUACAGGAAAAAGAAGAAUCACGAGCUUGGUUUAUUUGCCAUCUUCGAUGGUCAUCUUGGCGAUCGUGUCCCUAGUUAUUUGAAAGAUAACCUUUUCAACAACAUACUUGACGAGCCCAAUUUCUGGAAAGAUCCCACCACUGCCAUUAAGAAUGCUUAUCGCUCCACUGAUAAUUUUAUUUUGGAGAACGCAAUGGAAUUAGGACCUGGUGGCUCCACCGCUGUCACUGCAAUUUUAAUCGACGGCAAAGACCUAUGGAUUGCAAAUGUUGGUGACUCUAGAGCUGUUGUUUGUGAAGGAGGCUGUGCUAAUCAACUUACAGUGGACCAUGAACCACACACUGAAAGAAAAAAGAUUGAGAAAAAGGGUGGCUUUGUCACAGCCCUUCCUGGUGAUGUACCUAGAGUCAAUGGCCAACUUGCAGUUGCACGAGCUUUUGGGGAUCAUAGCCUUAAAGCGCAUUUAAGUUCAGAGCCUGAUGUAAGACAUGUACCUAUAGAAUCAAAUAUGGAGUUUUUUAUCUUAGCAAGCGACGGAUUGUGGAAGGUCAUGAAGAAUCAGGAGGCAGUCGAUUUAGUGAAACCAAUUAAAGAUCCAAAAGCAGCAGCUAAGCGCUUGACAUCUGAGGCACUGGCCAGAAAGAGUAAAGAUGAUAUAUCAUGUAUUGUGAUCCGCUUUGGAUGAUGCCAGUGAGAAUGCACAUCGGCAGCACCAAGCCCCGCUUGCUUUGUUCACGUUAUCCCUUUAAAAUGGUCAGCUGAUGGGGUCUGUCCGUUUGAAGCCUAUGUGUUGUAGUUGUUUUGCUUUCAAAGAUAAUCAUGUUAACGAAUGGAAGUUGAGGUGGAAGUGUGAUGCAUUUUUUGUUUGAACCAUGAAAGAGAUUUACCUCGUUAAUCCAUGAACCACCUCCCUAUACAGGGGCUGGGAGUAGUCUGUAGAGAUUAUUGAGCCAUUAAUGGGGUUAGUUAUUUCGCUGGACAGACGAUAGAUAGAAAACAAAAGUUUAAUUCUGUGUAUAGAGGUUGUGGACAUAAAUAAAUAGAGAUGGACUCGAUUUUCAUGUAAUGUAUGUGUUAUACUGGUUGUGGUUGCCAAGGUGCGCUAAUGAAAGUGUAGGUUUUUCAUUGCA